AUGGUUUCUAAAGCAGUCCCCAAGCCGGAUUCGAGCCCACGGGGAAGCAAGAGAAAGAGAGCUGACGAAGAAGACUCCUUCUCAACCCCGCCAAACAACAAACCACCAUAUCCCUUUAUGCCCCAAGCUACGAGUGCGGCCUUCAACAACCAACGGCAAGCCACACCUACACCGUCCCCCGCACACGAUGGCGACAAAAACGGACCUCCACAAGAUUCACGACUCGAAACAAAACCAUACACCCCGAAAACCCACUUCAAAUGCCCACAAUGUGCACACACAGCACAUCACUCCGCCUUUGCCCCUACUGAGGGCCCAAACAAGGAAACCGAAAUUCCAUCGAUGCCAGAAGUACCGAGCACAGCUAGUACGGCCAGGGCCGGGGCAGCACCUACAGUUGCCUCAAGUCAAGUACCUGAACCUAUGACAGACAGUGACCGCUACAACAAGCUCCAAUCCCUUCUGACAGUCGGGGGUUACUGUAAGUACCUCUUAGACCGCGUCCGAAAGGUGCAGGAAGAAAAUCCCGGAGCAGAGGAACCUCCUAUCCCUUCCAACAUCAACAAAUUGAUCAAGAAGCUCGAGCUGGAGGGGCAAAAUCCCGGCAUUUACACGGCAGCGAUUGAGCGUUGCAUGUCGAUUUGGAGAGGCCAAAUCCGGGAGGCGCUACCAAAUCUCACCGAAGAUCUCGAGUCUAAGUACAACGCCAAAAGUUUCCUAAAGGCGAUACGCACCUAUAAGGAGCGCUGUUCGGAAGCCCAUCCGAGCCUGGAGCAGAGCUCCCGAUUACCAACAGCGGCGCGACAGAGACGGAUCAUGAAAGACAUGGAGAAGGUGACUAAUGACUUGCCAGAAAGCAGUCAAUACCAAGCCAUCAUCCACUUCUGGCAACUGGACAAACUAAAAGACGAUGAGCUGAAAAAGUGA